GUCACCCAGAAUCCAGCCAGGUAUCCAUAUCAGACACUACCCACUCGAAGCUCAUCAAUGACCCACGUCCAUGACGCACGAGGGUGGCGGUGCUCCCGAGCUCAGCUUGUCCCCGAAACACGUGGGGCGCGGAAACCCCGACGGGACUCCCAUCUACGGCGGGCAGCAAGAAUAUCAUUGCGAAAUAGCUUAUUAACCACAAGAGUAAACCGAAAAGAAGUCACAGUUUAGACUUCUUUUCUUUACUGAAUUUUGGCAAAUAACAUAAUCAUGCUACAGGUCGUGGAACAAAGGCGAAGUUAACUUUACUAAAAAGUGAACGAGCGGGACUGCUGCUGCUGCUGCUGCUGGUAAACAUCUUCCUCCUGCUUUGCAAAACAAGUUCUUUUCCAAAUCGGCUCUCCUGCUAGGGGCUAAAGCCGUGCGGGAACUUUUCGUGCGAGACCGAAGUGUUUUAGGAAGGAGAGGGUUAAAAUGUCGCCGUCCGCGGAAUAAACGAGGGAAAGUGCGGAACUCCCCCCCCCCGAGCCGGCGCUACACGUGAAAAAAGGGCUCUUCUCGCUGCCGGCUCGUGGCGCUCGCUGCGGAGCCGCUGUGGUGGAGCCGCUGUGCGCGAGGCGGGCGGCGCGAGGCGGGCGGCGCGAGGGGAGCCCUGGCUGUGAAGGAGGAGCGCGGGGCGACGGCGAUCUGCGGCACCUCCGCACCAGCGGCGCAGCGUCCGAGCGAGGAGGAGGAGGAGGAGCGCAGCGCCGACGAGGUGCGCUCAGCUUCAGUGACAUAGACGGGGGAGCCUUCAACCCUUUUUUUCUUUUUUUUUUUUUUUUUUUUUUUGAAUAAGAAAAUAUAAGUAUAGUUGCUAUUAGAAGAGGGACAAAGAAGAAAAGGUGCUAGUAAGAGGAGCUCAACACUUUUUAAUCCCAAACCUUCUCGUCGUUAUUUCCACCAUCAUCGCAACCCUAAGAAACAGGGACUCUGGGAGACAAAAACACGGGAAUACCAGCCAAGCAGGACGAGAAUGGAGAACACUUACACCAAAUUUGGAACCGCUGAUGAAAGAGGUUGAAAACCCUGCUGGAAACAAGGACCCGUUGGCUCAUAACAGGCGGAAGCUGGUAGAGCGUACUGCAAUGCCAGAGGAGCCCAGCAAAGACACCAUGACAGUGCCGGCAGCUCCAGACAGAGUAAUUGUGGAAAAGACCAACAACAACAGCAGCUGCCCAGCAACCGCAGUGCCGCUGGUGAACGAGGUGCAGCUGACUGCCGCCACGGGAGGAGCAGAGAUGUCCUGCUACCGUUGUACAGUGCCGUUUGGCGUGGUGGUCCUCAUUGCCGGGAUCGUGGUCACUGCCGUGGCUUACAGAUUCAACUCGCAUGGCUCCACCAUUUCUAUCCUGGGCCUGGUGCUUCUGUCCACAGGACUGCUGCUCCUGGGUUCCAGUGCCGUGUGCUGGAAAGUCAGGAUGGAGCGAAAGAAGGACCGAAGGAGGGAAAGCCAGACAGCUCUGAUGGUCAGCCAGAGGAGCAGCUUCGCUUGAGGAAGAGCAGACGCAGAAUGGAAUGAAAUGGGGGAGGAUAAAAGGUCUGUAAUGAAAGGGCAGGAUCAGGGCACUUGAGAUGGGAGCUGCCGAGGCUGCUUGCAGUGUCCAGAUGUUCAGUCGCCGUUGUCAAUACACACGACGCUGACCACCGUGGCUUUCCGAGCCAUGUUUUACAGACUGAGUGUGAAAGUAUGCUGUCUUUUUCCGUCCACUCAGACCGGUCACAUCGGCUUAUCUUGGAUAGCAGCCAGUCAGACAGCAGGAGAAUUAAGAUGUAUUGCUACUAACUGGAAUAUAGGAAAUGGAGCAUGAAGUUAUUGCUGUGUCCCUGAGGAUAAAAUGAAAUAUCGUAAAGCAGAAGGAAAGAGAAAGAGAGAGCAACAGAAAACUCGGACAAUGUUUUCAUUGACAGUGCUUUGUGCUCUCUUAAGUGUUUCUGCUGUCAUACUUAGUGAUGUGGCCGUACUUUGAGCUAUGGCAAUGUGGUACUUAAAAUGUACGACAAAAUAAUAUCAAUUAAAUAUAUAAUAUAUACAAUCAUAUAUUUUGUAUGAACACAAUAUACAUCAUAGGUAUUGUCAAAGUACAGAAUGACAAACUUGCAAAAAAUGUAAGUAAAGUCAGAAGCUGAUGACUCAAGUAAAUGUAGUUCCAAGCGAUUAAAAAACACACUGAUUAUUCACUAGACUCAAAUACAGUAUGCAGGAUAUUUAAAUGAAUAGCUCACGAUUAAAUGAUUUUACAAAAAAAAACACAAUUUACAUCACGUGAUUAUUAAAGUACUUAAUAUAGGCACUUUGACCCAUUUGAUGAACUGUAGAUCAGUAGAUACUAUAAGAUUUUCAAUGAUAGGGAGCACAGAACUGUAAAAACCAGUUGCCUGCAGUUACACACAUUUGUGAGUAUUAAAUAUGUUCAGAAUUAAAGUUGUCUUGCAUUUUGUUCGUAUUUAUAACAAUUAUUCAUAUGUUUUCUUUAAUUGUGUAUAGGGUGUUAUGAAAGUGUCCAUAGCUUAAAAGCUGACCUAAAAUAAAUAAAUAAAUGUUUUUUCCAGUGUUUCAUAUUGUAAUAUUUUUUAAACUUUUCCGAACAUUUUCUGCAAUUAAUGAAAUUCUUAACCGUUUUACAGACUGUAGCUUUUCAAACUGGCAACGUUCAGAGCCAAAGGUAGCAGUUCUACCCACUUCGUUGUCAAAUGCCCCAUUCUUAGUGUUGAACUCUUACAGAACCUAAACAUACGUUGGUAUUUUAAAAAAUAAUUCUGAAUUAAUCUAAAUUGUAUAAAAUUGUACCGUAUUUGCUUUAUUUAUAUUAGCACCAAUUGAAGACUUCCCAUCUAAUUGGAAAUCUUAUUUGCCUAACCAACCCAGGGAAGUUUACUUAGCCACGUGAAUAUAGUCAGUCAAAGACCACGCUGUUUCAGUUCUGCAUAUGUUUUUGUUAACCCGAGUGCCAGAACUUAAGCACUUCACAUGCAGUAUGCACACAAAACAGAUUAAACUGUAUUUAAGCAAAUUAAACUUACAUGAAUUAUGCCAGUUUCUGUUGCUUAUAGCUGUAAUAAUAAUGUACGUAAGCAUUCUAAGUGGAAGGAUUAAAAAUGUACUGAUUCCUUUGGAAACAGGUCUAGAAACUGAGCAAGUAUUUAUUUGUUAGUUUUAGUAAAUGUGCUUUAAAUGAGUGACAUGUCAGUUAAAUGUAAAAAAUCAGGAUCAAGUCAACUAUCUGGUUUGGCACGCUAAAGUUUUAAAUAGGAUGAUCUGUGGAACUAGCAGUUAUAUUUAUAGGCAGCCUUUGCGUUGCUACGCAUCCUUGUGACACCAGACACUAUAAUAAAAUUAUGUGCUUGCGUCAGAGGUGCACCAGUGAUAUACUUUGUCACUUUCUGAGGGCUAACUUUAUCACCAGUGGAAGGGAGAGCGCCAGAGGGGGAGUCUUGUUGCGUCAUCUGGACACCUGACUCCCGGAUCCAGUGUUAAUCACUUCAUGCAGGCCUGCUAAAGCUUACGGUGUCCUCUCUUCACAUAAUGGGCCACCAGGUGCCCCAGUGGAGAACAGG